AUGGCGCGUCGCUGUGUGUCAGAACUGCCAGUGCAGGUAGAUCAGACGCCACUUAGGCUUUUUAGCUUCAGUGGCUUUUGGAAAGAAACAACCGUGAACUGCGUACAGGCCGAGCCCACAUCCCCACACCCUUUCAGCCUGACAGCCGCUCAAUGGCAAGUGUCUGCCAGCAUGCCGGGGGGUGGGAGUGCUGCUUGGGAUUGUGCGGUGAAGGCAGGCUGUCCAUCCAGAGAGGGUCCAUGGAAGGUGGGGAAGUGUGGAGAGGGGGAAAGGAGCCUCCAGCUGCUCGGGAAUGGUACCUGGAGACCAGCCAGAGCAGCUAGGUGUUCCGCCUGGAGCACGCCCAGCGAGGCUCCAGGGGAGCAUUCUAUACUGAAUUCCCUGAAGUUGACCAGGGAAGUUCCACAAAAGACGCUUCGACAAAAAAGCGGCGCCUCGCAGCACUCCUCCAUGUUCUCCUCCAUCUGCCUCCUGUCCAUUGAUCAGCCUUCCAGGGCAUCAGUCUGUUUAACAUCUGCUACAAGUUGCAGCAGCUCAGGUAACUACGUGCACUGCUCUCCACCGCCUAUUGAUCUUCAUGUCCACCUGCAGGAACAUCUGUUUCAGCAUGUCCUUUGUCAGCGCCGACCGAGCGCCUUGUUUGCCUUUGCGUCUUGUCCACUUUGA